AUGAAUUUCAUUAAAUUCUGGGUGUGGAGUCCACUGUAUGUUAUGAUUUUACUCAUUGCUUACUUUGAUAUAAUGUUAAUUUAUGUAAAUUAGUCAUAUUAAUAUAGAUUUUUAGAGAUCCAGAUACGACAGAAAAGGCAUAGUUGAUUGUGCAUCAUUUAUUAAUGUUGGUUGACAUUUACUUAAUUUUUAAAACAAGCAGUACUAAACCAGGAACACCUACAUAUUUCUAUACUGAAGAUGACCCUUUGGCUGAUAUGCGGCCAUUUUGUAAACAUUGUUUCUUAAAGAAACCACUGCGAUGUCAUCAUUGCAUUAGUUGUGGUAAAUGUAUUUUAAGAAUGGAUCAUCAUGAGUAUUGGGUAAAUAAUUGUAUAGGACAGAACAAUUACAAAUAUUUUUUUUGCUUAAUCUUUUAUAUGAGUAAUUUAUUAUGAAUAUUUGGAGCUGUAACUUUAGAGUUUUACAUUUGCAUCUAUUUAAUUAAAAUUAUUAAAUCUCCUCCGAAUGGGGCAAUUGAUACGUACUUUAUAAUUUUCACAGUUCCUUUGAGCAUCUCAUUGAAUUUAAUACUGAUUCCAGCCUUGGCAAUUCAUAUUCGGUAUGGUUGUAUUGAUAUAAAGAUUAAUAUUAUAUAAUCAAACAAUGGUUGAGUACUUUGAAAAAACAGAAGAACACCAUGAUAAAGGUGUAAUAGCUAAUUGCAAGGAGUUAUUGGGACCAGGAUGUUGGUUAGUUCCUAUUUGA